UCCUUCCUUCCUGUUUUAGUUGGUGUCAGCGAGUCCACAUCCUGCUCUGCUCACACUCGUUCUCUCGUCAUGGCUAGUGUUCUUCAUCUCUUCCUCCAUCUCAUCCUCCUCCUGCCCUCACUCUCCUUGUCCAUGAGGGAAAACUCACUUCCUGACAUCACACACCAGGAGUUCAUCGACAUCUGUUUAAAGGAACACAACGAAGCUCGCUCAAACGUCAAGCCUUCUGCUAGCAACAUGCGCUACAUGACUUGGGACGAUGGCCUGGAAGUCCUGGCAAAGGCGUGGGCAAAACACUGUGUGUUUACACACAAUGAGAGACGAACUCACCCAGUGUUGCCCUCAGUCGGGGAGAACAUCUGGGCUGGAGCCGGUCACGGAACAUUUGACAUGAAAUUAGCAAUAAAGGAAUGGGUCGAUGAGGUGAAGGUGUUUGAUUACAACACACUCAAAUGCACCAACAUCUGUGGCCAUUACACACAGGUGGUGUGGGCAGACUCGUAUAAAUUGGGCUGCGCUGUGAGUCUGUGUCCUGACGGUGUGAAGGGAACAAGAUUCUCACACACACCAGGAGCCUUGUUUGUGUGUAACUAUGCAACAUCGGGAAACUACCGUGGUGUUCAUCCGUAUAAAGCUGGAGUGUCCUGCAGCCAGUGUGGAGGAGAGACAUGUGAGAAGAAUCUCUGCAAAAACUCAACACGAGACCAUCCCAUACCUAACAGCUGGAUUCCAGACUGGGACCCUGGUCUGCGUGAGUGUGGUGUGUUCUGUAAAACAGUGUUGAUUAUCAGACCCGUGUCUCUGCUAAUGAUUUUUGGAGGGGUGUUUUUAAUUCAACGUCGAUGUCCGAAUAUAUUCGCGUAUAUAAACUAACACACACACACACACACACACACACACACACACACACACACACACACACAGAGUCUUCAUGCUGGAAUUAACAUGUCUAUGAAUGUUCAUUUCAUUACUACUUUCACUGAAAUAAAGAAAAUAAAAAUAGCUAUUUAGUAUUA